AUGGAUAAGGAAAGAAUAUAUUUACCAGAAAAUAUAGCGUUGCCAUGUAAAUUAAAAUGGGCUGUAGAUAAUAAUUCUAUUGUUAGUGCCAAUCAAAUAAUUGCUUUUGUCAUUGAGACAACGAACGAAACCCUCGACAUUCAUCAAAAUGGAAAAGAAAAUUUCAAUGGAAAGAAAUUCCCUAUAAAGACAUGUAUUAGUGAUAGUGACAUGAUCAAAGAAAAUAAAAUCGAUUCUGAUGAAAGUAGUAAUAACAUUCAUUUGAAAAAUGAGGAAAUGCAUAAGCAGACAUGCGGACAAAUCAGAAAAGAUGAAGAAAAUGAAAACAUAUUGAUAGAUGAAAAUGAUAAAAUCUCUGAAAAUUCUGUUAUUAAUUUAUGCAAAGUUACAAGUGGAAAAACAAAUGACACAACUGAUGGAAUGGAUAAGAAUAUAAACAAUUCUUUAAUUAGUCAAAGGAAUCCUACAAAAAUGGAAGAAAUAGCUAAGAAUAGUAAUGAAAGGUACGAUAUAAACAAUAAGGAUUUGAAGGAGAAUGAAAAGAAAUCGAUGUAUGAAAAAAAUAAUGUGAUUAAUUUAAUUUUGAAUAAUAAAAAUAAUUAUGACAUAAAAAAAAAAAAUAGUUAUUUUCCAUUACGAAGUAAAAUUCAUGGAAGAAUCCAUAUUAUAAAACAAAACUCCAAUUCAGAUAUUGACGAAUAUAUAUAUAUUAACAGUCCUAAUGAAUUAUUAUGUGAAAUUAGUGAUGAAAGAUGUAAUCAUGAGGUAAUAUUUUCAGGUUUGUGUACUAACUGUUUCUUAAAUCAGGAAGAAAUUAAUAAAAAUAAAAAAGAACAGAAAUAUUUUCUAUCUCCUGGUUUUUUAACAAAUGAAAAAGAAUUGUACAUAAACUCAGAUAAGGCUGCUGAUUUAGAAAAAGAAAGAAUUAGUAACAUAAUUAAAAAUAAAAAACUUUGUCUUGUUCUAGAUCUUGAUAACACCCUACUCCAUGCUUCAUUUUUUGUGUUAGCUAUAAAUAUGAAUAAUGAUAUUAUAAACAUAACGACAGAUAUUAACGAGGAGAUGGAAAAUGAAAUUGGCCAUUCAUGCAAUCCUUGUGCGUAUCAGUCUAGUGAUUCAUGUGUGCCCAAUUACAACUUUAAUAAUUUCAAUUUUGAAGAAAGUUACAAUUCGUCUGCGAGCAAUGGGACAAACGGAAAGAAGGAGGAUAAUGUUGAGGUGAGAAGUGACAGUAUGUUUGGUGUUGCAAGUGGUGUUGACACACGUGAUGGUGGUGAUGAUGAUACUGAUGAUGAUUAUUUACAGGAUGGAAAAGAGAACCAUUGUGAUGAAACACCUGGGAGUGGAAUCACUCUAGGGGUGUCAGAAAAGCACAGAAACAAGCAUAACGCAGAAGAGAAGGAAAAAGGAGAAGAAUACCUGAGGGAUUACAAAAAUGAUGAGCAUUUCAUAAUGAACCAAGAUGAACUAUACUCCAUUUUCUGCAAAAGAAAUAAUAAUAAUAUGGAAUAUAUGUACAAGAAUGAAGAUAUAAAAUCGAGUUAUGAAAAUUAUUGUGAUUUUUUAGCAAAGAUGAAUACAAUAAAUUUAUUAAAGUAUAAUGGAAAAUUUAUACAUUAUGAAAAUUUAAAAGAUGAAAAUAUAAAAAAGAAAAUUGAUAAAUUAGAAUUAUCAGUAUUGAAAACAAAUGUAAAAUAUGACAAAGGGUCUUAUACAAUAUAUUAUAAAUUAAGACCUGGAGUAAUUCAAUUUUUACAAAAUAUGAAUAAAAAAUACGAAAUAUAUUUAUAUACAAUGGGGACUUUAGAACAUGCAAAAUCAUGCUUGUUCUUAUUGGAUCCGCUUAAAAAAUUUUUUGGUAAUCGAGUGUUUUCUAGAAAAGACAGUGUUAAUGGCUUAAAACAUUUGAAUCGAAUUUUACCAACGUAUCGUAGUAUUUCUAUAUGUAUUGAUGAUAGUGAUUACAUGUGGAAAGAAAGUAGUUCAUGUAUUAAAGUACAUGGCUAUAAUUAUUUUCCAGAAAUUAAUUUUUUAGAGGAUAUAAAAAGAAAACCUUAUUUUUUAACAAAAUUUUUUGCUCUCGCGCAAUCGUAUUUAAAUUUUUCCUCUAAUCUUUAUGGCUUCAUUAAUUUCAAAUGUAAUGAAUAUGAAGCAAUGAAAAUGAAUUCUAUUAAUAAUCUGUUGUACAAUGAAAGCUCAAUUUGGAAUGAUCCAAGCAACCGUUUUAUGGCAGCAGGAACUGCAUAUCAGAUUACUCAACAAGGUGAGAAUAGGAUUGGAAAUGUAAAUUUUUCAAAAGAAGGAGAAUUGAAUGGGGAUUUAAAACAAGGGGAGGAUACAGGCAUAAAAAUAGAUACAAAUGCUGCAAUAUCACAUAACAGCUGCAUUAAAAUUGAUGAAACUGAUUUUGAAGUUGAAAAUACUCCCUUAAAGGGUGAUGAUGAUGAUGAAGAAGAAGAAGAAGAUUGCAUAAUUUUACGAGGCGACAAUUCCAUAAAUAAUGAAACAGAUAGUAGCAGCGAUAUCGAAUUGGAUGAAUCUAUUGAAGGCAACUUCAUAGAUUUAGACAAAGAAUUCGAAACGGAUAACGAAGACAGUGCUAUCGUGGAGGAGGCAAAACCUAAGUUGGACUAUAAUUCAUACGAAUUAAAUGUAAAUAACAAUUUGAAACUUUUUGAUGACACAUAUAAUUCUUCUAAUGGGAAGGGAGAAUUAUUUCAACGGUGCAAUAAUGAUCAGUGUUCUAAUGCACUUAUUGGGAAUGAUAACCUGCAUGGAAACAUUAAUAAUGAUCAUUUUCCAAAUCUAUAUCAAAAUGAUGAUACAUGUGAAAAUAUUAGUAAUUCCAAUUUUAUGAACGUGUCAUCAUCGAAUCCGAAUAUAAAUCAGAAAGGUUUUACACAAAAUGAACAUGAUUUUUUUCUCAAUUCAGAUGUUUAUAAAGAAAAUAGUGAAAACAAUAUACAUAUGAAUAAUAAUAUGUAUGUAUCUCAUCUAUAUAAUCAAUCAGGAUAUAUGCAAUCUGAUCAAAAUAGCACUUAUUCUAUUGGUAUAAAUUCAGUGGAUUGCCAAUUUUCCAGAGCCACAAAUUGUGAAGAUAAUAUGAACAAAACAUUUAGUGGCACCGACAGUUUUGCUAACAUGGGUGUAAAAAUUAGUAAAGAUAUCGAUAAAAAGAAAAAAAAAAAAAAAAAUAAUAAUAAAAUUAAUAAUUUAGAAAUGAAAAAUAAAACGAUACAAUACAAGUACACAUUGGGAAGGGAUGAAGAAUACUCUUCCAACAGUUUUGAUAAUUUAGCUUGCUUAACAACUUCAGAACGAUUCGUACCUUUUGAAGAUGAAAUUAUUUACAAAUUUAUUUCUGAAAGGAACUUUAGGAAAUAUGAUAAUUAUGUCGUUCGGUUCCUGCGUAACUACUUUAAGGGGGAGAGAUUCACAAGGGGGAGAGGAGAAGAAGGAGGGCUUCAUGAGGAUGCACAUAUCGAAAGUGAUGGACAUCUCGAUGUCGACACUAAUAUGAACUCGAAUGAGAUCGACAGUGGAGAGAAUCGAACGAAGGAUGAAAAAAAUGAUUGCAAAAAAGAAAGUGACGGAGAAACGCAAAUGGAAGAGGAUGGGAAAUGGGAAGGGGAAAAUGAAUUUGAAAAGAUGAACAACACUGUGUGGCAUAACUUAAAAAAAGUAGAAAAGAAAAUUAAGAAAGAAAAGAUAAAAAAAUUAACUCAUGUUCAGAAUUUCCAGAAAAAAAAAAAUAUUACCCUAGGAAAUGUCAAAGAAUAUGAAGACACAAAUGAUGUCGAUUCGACACCUUUAAGUAAUAAUAAAUUGAAUAAUGACAGUAAGGGCAAAACACAUCAAAAUGAAUACUAUGAAAGUUUUUUUAUACCGAAAAAUCUGAGUGAAUUAAAUUUUGAAGACAAUGAUAAGCAGUUACAUUAUUUGACUACCAUAUUGGAUGAAAUACAUCACAUUUUUUAUAACAUUUUUGAACAUUUCAAAAUGAAUAAAACGGAUGAAAAUAAUCAAGAGGAUCAGAUAUACAACUACUUUUUGCGUUAUCCGAUAAUUAGAACCAUAUUAAUUGAAUUCCGCAAGCAGGCUUUAAAAGAUUGCAUCUUCAACGUUUCACAACUGACAGAUGAGAUACAAAGAAGCGAUUUCAUGGAUUAUAUUUUGAAAUUAGGAGGAAGCAUAAACAAUGAGAACUAUACUCACAUAUUAACAGUAAAUAAUUUUGUAAAAAAUGAAAAUUGGAAAAAUGCGAAGAUAACAAAUUUGAUGUGGAUUGAAAGAGCCUUAUACACUUGGACAAGUGCCGACACGAAAUAUUAUGACAUGAACAUGUGGAACAAAGUUCACAGAAAUUUCUGGGAUGUCAUUGAAUAUGAAGAAGGGAAAAAAAAAAAAAAAAAAAAAAUGAAAAAUAGGACAAAAAUAGGAUGA